GCCGUCGCUGCUGCUGCUGCUUGAUAUCGGGGAAAAUAAAACCGUAUAUAUGGCAACGCAGCUAUUCCGAACACCCACAAAGUUUUGACUCGUCGACCGUUGCGGACGGAAAUUCAGACUAGGAUCUGUGUUAAUUAGUAAAAGAAAAAGUUAAGUUAACCGCGCGUUCCGUAAUUCCACUCACACACAUACCAACACCCAAGCAGCAGCAGCAGUAGCCGCAGCGGAUUAAAACUUCGUCACUCUAGCAACAAAAAAAAAAAAACACCUACAAAAAUGGCCGAUCAGCUGACAGAGGAACAGAUCGCUGAGUUCAAAGAGGCAUUCUCGCUAUUCGACAAAGACGGCGAUGGCACCAUCACAACAAAGGAGUUGGGCACAGUCAUGCGCUCCCUGGGCCAAAACCCCACAGAGGCCGAGCUGCAGGACAUGAUCAACGAGGUUGAUGCCGACGGCAACGGCACAAUUGACUUCCCAGAAUUCCUUACAAUGAUGGCACGCAAAAUGAAGGACACCGAUAGCGAAGAGGAGAUCCGGGAAGCCUUUAGAGUUUUCGACAAGGACGGCAACGGCUUCAUCUCGGCGGCCGAGUUGCGUCACGUGAUGACAAAUCUGGGCGAGAAACUCACAGACGAGGAGGUCGACGAGAUGAUCCGUGAGGCUGAUAUCGAUGGUGACGGUCAGGUCAAUUACGAAGAAUUCGUGACUAUGAUGACAUCGAAGUGAAGCGUUAAAUUAUUUCUUUUUAAGCCUUUCUAUUUUUUUAAGAUGUUGACGAAGACUGUAGCUGUGCGCAAUAACAUCGCGCCACGCUGUUGCUAUGGACCCCAGUAAAAGAUCUUAAAAGAAAAACAACAAACAACAACAAAGAGUUAAGCAAAAAACAACCAACAUAAUGAAGAAUAAGAAGCAAAAAACAUUUAAGAAACUUUAAAACAAAUGAAACUUACACUUAAAAAAAUGCAAAAGCAAAAGAAAAUUUAAACAAGCAAAAAAUGAAACAACAGAAUUCAGAAAGAAAGAAUUACAUUAAACUGAGAGAAAAGGUUAAACGAAAAAACAACAUAAUUUUAAUGCAACAACAAAAAAACAACAACCAAAACAGCAUACUUAAUGAAGUCACCGUUUAAAACCACAAACAACAACAACAACCAGCAGCAACAAACAAGAAUCGCAUGUUAUCGUUUUGAAUAACAAGAACAAGUCUAUCACUACACUUAAACAAAUUGAAGAGCAUAAAGAAGGGCGAGCAGAGGGAGAAGCAAGAAGCAGCAGGAUCCACCAGUAUUGCCGAUAGAUGGCGCCACCAAUGAUGGUCAGCGCGCCACCUGGCGACGUCGGCGCGCAGCGGCUGCAUUUUGUUUGAAAGUUUUCGAGUUAAAAAAUAAAUGAAAACCCGAAUCUGUAAGCUAGUAAAUUGUGUUUAAAGUAUAAAGAAAAAUUUGUCGAUUUCGUUGCGAGAAAGAAUAAAAAUAAAAGCUAAACAAACAACAAAUAAAAAUACAAAUAAAACAAAAACUGUUAAAGAAAUAUUUGAAAUUUUUGCAAACUGGCAAAGUUUAUAUAGACACACACUCUACACACACAAGCCCUCUCUCAUACACACACCACACCCACACAGAACACACACAUAAACACCCACUCCCACACACAGACAUGUCAGAAAAACAAGAAGUAAAAUAUAUUAUAAAUACAACAUAUAUAUAUUAUAAAUAAUGUAAAAUCAAACAACAACAAAUUCUUCUUAUUAAAUUAUAUUUAAAUUUAAAAUUAAUAAAUAUAAAGAAAAAAUAAAACAAAUAAAAAUUACAAAAAAACAAAAAACAAAACCAACUACAAAUACAUUUUCGAUAUAAAAUUAAAUUAAAAUCCAAAAAUGUGGCGCGCAGCAGAAGAUGAGGCAUAUUUUUGGGGGCUGUACGAGGACCAGUAGGACCGCAGUCCAAAAGGUCCUUGAUAGGCAGCUUUUUUGUCGGCACUAUUUGUAGCAAACUUAAGCGACACCAGACACGGCGAUCUGACUAUAUAUUAAUAUAUGUACGAGCAGAUUUAACAUUUAACAAUGCAAACGCCACAAAAAACACAACAGCAACAGAUUUCUCUAGUACUUAAGCGGCAGCAAAACCAGUAAACCGAAUAUUACUAUUACAAAUAUAAAUAUGAAGGAACUAUAUAUAUACAUACAUAUAAAUACCUAAUGUACUUAAAGCAAAAGGAAAACCAAAUCUAAAGUAAUAUAAUUUUAUUAUAAAGAAAUAUAAAAUUAAAUAUUUAUAUGAGAGACGAAGCGGAGGAAGAGCUGGACGAAGAAGCUAGGAGAAGAUUUCAUCAAACACACACAUAUAAAAGAAAAGGAAGAAAGGACGAAGUAUGGAGGAGCAGCAGCAACAUCGCAGGAGGCUCCCGCGAAGGAAGACGACUCUUAACAACAGGAGACGAUGUAGAACAGUUCAGCAUCAACAGUUCAGCAUCGGAACAGUUAUAUAUAUAACUAUAUAUAUUUAUAAAUAAAUUAUACAUAUGAAUUAAACUAGCUAAAUGCAAAGACAAUUGUCUUAAAUGUAAGCAAAUCAAGCGUGGAUACAAGCAAAGUUUAGGCAAAAGCUAAAGAUUGAGCUGGCUAAGCGUAACAUUAAUUAAUAUACGAACAUAAUGGUCUAAGUUGAAGUUAGUGCAACAACUGCAAUUCCUGGCACCACAGCAACCGCAAGCUUUAACCCAUCCGCUCUGUCUCCACAAACCAAACCACCCAACUACUAUCUAUCUAUCUGUCUAACUGUCUUUCCUCUAUAUGUCCACUGCUGCCUAGUUAACGUUAAUAACGAUAUAGAAAGUCGAAUGAAAGUCUGCGCGACCAAUGCUAACUAACUGAACCGUGCUCGGUUUUAAUUUAAUUUCAUAUCGAAAACCCUGUUUUUCCUUUUCUCAACUGUAACGAACUCGUAACGUCGUGAUGUCUUCUAACCGAUCUAUCCAUACACCAUCCAAUCCAAUCCCAUCCCACACCUCACCACGCCAUCUCUGAUCUUUCCCAUGCUAACUCUAACUCUUCUCCACUGCAUAAAUCAACUGUGAGUAUAACUUAACAAAGGCAGGAACACAAAGUCAACAGCUCUGCGUGUUUUCUACGUUAUAAUAUUAAGUCGAGUUUUAUAAUUCCCUUUGUUUGCUUGACUUUGGACAGAACGCUCUGAAGGGCAACGACAAAAUUUGAACAAAAACACCAUUUGCGCUAAUGAAAAAAACAUAAAAAUCAAGAACAAAAAAAAACACUUUUCUAUAACUUUUUUUAACAAACAAAAUAAAAAGAAGAAAACAUUUUGUAGCGAAAUUUGUGCAAUGUUUUAAAGAAAUGAACCUAUAUUGAAACCUAAAUGAAUUGCAGGCAAAAUUUAACUCUAAUCAAAUGACAGACGAAUUUUUCUAAAUCUAAAAAAAAUAGUAAAAUCUAACUGACAAUGUAAACUUUUUGAGCGGUCACUUUCCCUCGAAAGUAGGCUCUCAAGAAUUUCCAGUUUCUUGAAUGUCUAACGAUACAGAGCAUUUCCAAUUCAAAUGGGUUGCUGAAGUGCGUCAGUUGUGGCAUUGAAGGCUGGAUUCACUGAGUUUCUCGAUUUCCAAAUCAAAACUUGCAUAAAUAUUUAUCUUCGUUUGCAAAGCAGAAGGCAGUCAAAGAAAUGGAAAGCAAAAUCCAUGAAAAAACAAACUUGUUAAAAUAUGCUAAAAGUGUUUAGCAAAUUACAAUAUUUGGACAGGCAAAGAAACAAAACAAAGAACUCGCGCCUCUAUCUAUAUAUGCAGACAUAUAUAUAUACAUAUAAAUAAAGCUAUAUACAAGUUAUAUUUACGAAUAUUGUAAAAAAUUGCAACAACCGAUGAGAAAAACUAUGAGCAUUAACAAGCGAAACCAACAAGAACAUACAGAAAUUUCUUUGAAAAAAAUACACAAACAUUUUAAAAACCUCGAAACAAAAACCAAAAUUGUCGUUUUCUUUUUUAACAAUUUGUGGAUUGGCUUACAUUCUCACAGACACACCCCGCUCAAUCAUCACCAGAUAGAUAUCGCUCCAAUUCGGCCCCCAAGGAUAUGCUAUCCACUGUAUUGGAUCUUCACUUGAGAUCCAUGAGCUCCACAAGUCAAGUUGAUUUAUAGAUUAAGUACGGCCAGCGGAUCGCCAGGGAUUCCAUUGGUUGAACUGCGGCCAGCCAACGACAACUGGAACCGGAAACGGAAGCUUCCCGAUUUGAGAGAUAUUUGCCCCACACUAUAAUCCGAUAAGAAUUUAACAAGUUAUACAUUGAAUGUAUGCACUAAAACCACCUAUUAAGAGAUUUCAUCGUAAUGGAGAAAGCCUAAAAAUAUAUGUAUAGCGAAUGUGCAAGUUAUUCUUGAUGUCCAAUAUACCAUAACCAUGUGUACCUAUAAGCCAGGCAAGUAGAAGGCCCGUUCCUGCACUCACUCUCCUCAAUUUGAUUCGGAACUGCACUGAAUGUCUAUGAGAAUAACCGAUUGCCACAAGUAAUAAUGUAGCCAUACAAGUAUUUUCUUCGAAUGAACGAAUAUUUCGGUACUUAAAAUAUGGAUGUUAGUCUUGUCAUAGAUUAAAAGCGUAAAAUGCAAACGUAGGCCUUGAAUGAACUCAAAUUAUAAAUGGUAUAUACGGAUAUUAUAUGAUAUUGAUUAGAACUUAUUGCGCCUAGAAAAUAAAUAUAUGUAUAAAGUUAAGUGAUAAUUAAAGCUGGUAAAGUUUUUUUUACACAUUUA